UUGCAACCCUGUGCACAAGAAAUUGAGCUGAUUGUGUGUCCAACAACUAAACAAAUUUUUGGGAAUACAAUUAGCAAAUAAUUUUUGUAUAAAAAGAUGUUAUGCCGUCUGUGCAUUAGUGAUUGUGAUGAAUCCUCUGUAGAGCUUUUGGAUUCCGAGGGAAAAAGUACUACAGUUUACAAUGUUGUUGCGAAGUAUUUUGAGAAAGAGAUCAAUAAUAUGACCAAAGUAAAAUCAGAAUUUGAUACAGCGCAAUAUGCAGAGUCAAUAAACUUGAAAACUCAAGUGGUAUGCGUCAAUUGCUGGCGACGCAUAGAUGAUUUCCAUAAAUGGCAGGAAGAGGUGGUGAUCCAGCAAGAAGAGCGCUUAAAACAGCUUCAACUACCGUAUCAAAGGGAUAUGGUUGAAUGUGUGAAAUUAGAAAUGGAAAUGGAUGUCAACAACGUAGAUAUAUUUGCAGAUUCUUUUGCCGAUGAUAUAUGUGAUAAUGAUGAGUUCUUAAAUGAGGCAACAGAAGAUCCUGUAGCUGUGUGCGAAACACAACAUGAAGGCCCUCCAAACAACUUUCUCUUUGUGGAUCAAGUAAUGGAUGACAAUGGUGGUAAUGAUAGCGCCUAUGAUGACAUGCCAUUGAUAUAUAGAAAAAAACUGGCAAAAAGUAAAACUCCAGUCGCGGCCAUUAAAAAGACCAGAAAAAGAAGAAAGCCCAAUAGAGUGGAGAAGAAAACAUCAGAAGUCGAAUCGAAUGGGGAAUCUAAUGUAGAUGAGGAUAAAGAUGUUAUAAACACUCCUGACAAAGUUAAAGAAAAAAAUGGGAAAACAAAAAAUUUCGAUGCCUUUAUAGCCCAACAUUUCAAAGAGCAAUUGCCUUGUGAGCUGUGUGGACAUCAGUCCGCUGAUUUCACUGAGCUGCGCUUACACUUUCGCGAAGUACACAAACACGAAAAGGGUUACGUAAUAUGUUGUAAGCACAAGUACAGCCAACGGUUCCACUUCGUUGAACAUUUGCAAGUGCAUUUGAAUCCACAAAAGUUUCAGUGUACUGAAUGUGGUAAAUGUAGUGCCAAUGGUAGGAGUUUGGUAGCGCAUAUGAAAUCAAUGCACGGGCCAAAGCCAUUAGAACGGCGCUUCGAAUGUGAAAUUUGUCAUAAAAAAUUUGCUAAGCAACCCAUUUUGAAAACGCAUAUGGAAACCCACGCUGAAGGCAAUCCCGAUCACGUCUGCAAAGAAUGCGGAAAGGGCUUUGUGUUAGAGAGUCGUCUCAACAUUCACAUUCGCAAUGUACACAGCACUGCCUAUCAAAGUGUUUGUGAUCAAUGUGGUAAAUCCUUCCGUGGCCGUUAUGCGCUAAGAUACCAUAUGCUAGAACAUGAGGGUGGAGGUAAACGACUUUGGCCCUGUGAUAUAUGCGAAGCUCAGUUACAUUCCAAAUUCAGUUUGGGGCGACAUAAACGUAUAGCUCAUCAUGACGGAUCGACAGUAUAUGUUUGUGGUGAAUGUGGCAAAGUGGCGUUGACUGAGGAUGCCCUAAAGUCGCAUAAACGCUACGUACACCAGCGAGAGCGCAUUCACAAAUGCACGGUGUGCGAAAAAGCAUUCAAGGCAUCCAAAGUAUUGAAGGAACAUAUGACAACACAUACUGGCGAGGAUCUGUAUCAAUGUCCGCAUUGCCCGCGUACCUUUAAGGUGAAUGCGAAUUUGCACCAUCAUCGCAAACGAAAACAUCCUAAAGAAUGGGCGGAAAAUCGAAGACAGCGGCAAAUGUCUUUCAAACGUGUAGACCUUAGCACCAUAUCGAAUGAAGUGGUGUUGUAAGUACGAGUAUAUAUGUAUAAAGGAUGUGAUUGCAUUGACCCGAUAAAUAUGUUUUUGUAUAAAAUGAAAUGCUUAAAUCAUAGUUUUUUAGUAAUGGUAUUGGCGCAAAUAUAUCUAACCUCUUUUUAA